AUGGGGUUCCAAAUGGAUCCACGGAUGCAGAGGAUCAUCGACAAUGCCAGUGUAAAUAUUCAGGAUGAUGUGUAUCCCAUGAUUCCAUUUUCUCGUGCGAAUACUCUACCUCCAGCUCAGCCAACAUUCAGCCGUCACUUCAGCGAUAGCAGGAGCCUCCAGGAUGUUUUUUCUUUUAGACCUUCACAGCAACAAAUUCUACGACCACCUCAAUAUGCUGUGGAGACCUUUGAUAGACAAGGCCUACAAUCUGAUGCCAUACAGCAACAUGGCAUUGGAACCUCACGAAUCUCACUCACUCCCAGAAGUUUGCUGACUGCUCAUGGAUCUACCAUUGGGGGCGAUGAUGCCUUUCAUACUUAUGGCAAUCCAAACGGAGCUCACCGAAUUGCAAAUCGGGCUUCAACACUGGCAAACCUUUGCACACAGCCUCCAAGUAUGAGGGUAGCCCAACCACCAAGCUCACCCGACGAUACAUCUGCCUUCCAUUAUGCCGAUAAUCGAUUCAGCCAACUUCAACCGCGGAGGCAACAGCCAUCUCCGCCUUUCAUUCUAUCUGGACAGGGCUUUACUCCACCUGGAUACCGAAGUCCUUCUCCGAACCUCCCAGGAUCCAGCCCAACCAGACGGAUUGUUAGGCGCCGAGAAGCUCGUGCAAGUCAACGGACAAGAUCCCCGGAGCCCCAACCCGUAUACGAAGAGAGUCCACCGCACGAAACUCUAGAUCCCAGAGGCGCUUUUGAUAUUCCUCGUGCCCCUCCCAUGGUAAAUGGCAUCCAGUUGGCAUCAACGCGUGAGCUCCCUGACAGGUUUCGGUCCGUCUUUCCAUUCCCACUUUUCAAUGCCGUACAAUCCAAGGUUUUCCCAGUGGCUUAUAAGAGCGAUGAUAAUCUUGUCGUCUCUGCCCCUACUGGUGGUGGCAAAACUGCCAUCCUUGAACUGGCUAUCGUGAGGCUCAUUGAGUCACAUUCAUCUGGACAGUUUAAAAUUGUCUACCAAGCUCCUACAAAAUCACUAUGCUCUGAAAGAGCCCGGGAUUGGGGAGUUAAGUUUGGAAACCUGAACAUCGCCACGGCUGAAUUGACUGGCGACACCGACGCAGCAGAAAUGCGAAAGGUUGGAAGUGCAACGAUAAUUGUUACGACACCCGAGAAAUGGGACAGCAUCACUAGGAAGUGGAAAGAUUAUAUCAAGUUGCUUCAGCUGGUGAAGCUAUUUCUUAUUGAUGAAGUUCACAUCCUGAAAGAAAACCGAGGAGCAACUCUGGAAGCUGUUGUUUCGCGGAUGAAGUCCAUUGGUGCCAAUGUUCGGUUUGUGGCGUUGAGUGCUACAGCACCAAAUUCACACGAUAUCGCGGUGUGGCUAGGAAAAGAUCACACGAAUACCCACCUUCCUGCUCAUCGUGAGACAUUUGGAGAAGAGUUCCGCCCGGUGAAGCUCCAGAAGCAUGUUCACGGGUUCGAUAGCAACAUCAAUGACUAUGCAUUCGACUCGUAUUUAGACGGGAAACUACCAGCACUUAUCGCCAAAUAUACACACAAGAAACCAAUAAUAGUGUUCUGCUUCACGAGAAAAUCUUGUGAGAACACUGCUGCUAAACUUGCAGAAUGGUGGGCAAGCUCUCGUGUUGUCGAUCGUGCUUGGCCUGCUCCCACAACGAGGGUACCAGUGAGCAGUAAAGAUCUCCAAGAUCUAAUUGCCAGAGGCGUUGCUUAUCACCAUGCCGGAUUGGAUCCAGGUGAUCGAAUAGUGAUUGAGAAAUCGUAUCUGAAUGGUCAAAUCAGAGUCAUAUGCUGCACGUCAACGUUGGCCGUCGGUAUCAAUCUCCCUUGUCACUUGGUGGUUCUCAAAGGCACAGUCGGAUAUCAGGAUGGCGGCCUUACAGAGUAUCCAGACCUUGAAGUGAUGCAGAUGCUUGGACGAGCUGGGAGACCACAAUUCGAUGACUCUGCCGUUGCAAUAAUCAUGACGCGACAAUCCAGCAUUGACCGCUACAAAAGGAUGAUAUCAGGUCAGGAUGCACUUGAAAGCACGCUGCACUUGAAUCUCAUUGAACAUCUGAACUCGGAGAUUGGCCUUGGUACCGUCCGUGAUCUAUACUCCGCAAAGCAAUGGCUUGCCGGAACGUUCAUGAGUGUCCGCAUGAAGCAAAACCCUACUUAUUACAAAUUCAGUUGUGAUACAGGAAGUAGAGACCCCGACGAGAGACUAGAACAGGUCUGUGAGCGGGAUAUUAAGAUGCUUCAAGAUACUAAGCUCGUCACUUCUGACCAAAAAUUCACGUGCACGGAAUACGGCCAGGCAAUGUCAAGGUACAUGGUAAAAUUUGAGACCAUGCAGUUGCUACUGAGCAUCCCUGAACACGCGGGAAUGGGUCAAAUGUUGCAUAUCAUAUCUCAAGCCUCAGAAUUCAAAGACCUGAGAAUGAAACCGACAGAGCGGGCAGCGUUCCGAGAGUUCAAUAAGUCGCCAUUUAUCAAAUACCCGAUCAAGCAGAAUGUCUCAACGACUGCCCACAAGAUUUCGCUCAUCAUACAAGUUCAACUUGGUGGUGUGGAUACUCCCAACGACAAGGAGUUUAAUAGGAGGCAGUACCAGACCGACAAAGCCAUAGUAUUUGAACGAAUCCAUCGACUGGUUCGAUGUGUUGUCGACUGCAAAGCAGUUGAUUGCGACGCACUGGCAACGCAGAAUGCCUUAGAGCUGUCAAGAAGUAUAUCCGCGGAGUUUUGGGAGCAUCUCCCGUUGCAGCUAAGGCAAAUUCCCAGCAUUGGGCCGGCAGCUGUCAAGAAGAUGGUUACAGGUGGAAUAAAUAGCGUUGCAAAGCUCAUUGCGACUGAUUCCGCGACGAUUGAGCGGAUUUUGACCAGGAAUCCGCCAUUUGGCCAUAAGCUACUAGAUUCGCUAAAAUCAUUCCCACGCCUAGCUUUAAGUGCAGAGAUCAUGGGCAGAAUUGUCAAAUCAGGACAACUACCCAAGGUCAAGAUCAGGGCACGGCUUGGCUUGAAAAAUCAAAAGGCCCCAUUCUGGAGGCAUCGGCAAAUCUCAUUGACUUUCGUGGCUGGCGUCUCCAACGGUAACCUGGCGCACUUUUGGCGAGGGAAUAUUAAGAAUCUUGAGAAGGGGUUCGAAGUGCACUUUUCUACCGAGUUGUCGAAUUCUAGUGAUGCUAUAAGUUGUUUCCUUGCCUGUGAUGAGAUCAUUGGGACAGUUCAGUCUGUGAUUCUGGCACCGAAUAUUCCUUACUCGCUCUUUCCUGUGGUGCAGCCUACGCAGAAGGUUGUUCCCAAGGUUAUUCUCAGCACGGAUGAUGGUGGCGGAGACAGCGACGCUGAUUUCGAAUGGGAUGACAAUAUUGCAGACCAGGAUUUGCUUGCUGCUGUCAGGAGUGCUGAGGAGUCAGCUGGCCACACAGCUGAUGACAAUGUCGUACCUGACCAGUUCAUUGAUAUUGAUGAUAUUGCGAAUCAGCAGAGAGCAGUCCCCGAGGAAAACGAUGACGCAGAACGACCAGAGCCAGUCCAGAUGGGCAAUGGUAAAUGGAUGUGCAAUCAUAUUUGUGGAGGGGGAAAUGCACUAAAGAACGGUAAAACUUGCAAGCACAAGUGUUGCCAUGAAGGGGUGGACAAGCCACGCAAGGUGCAGAAGAAGACAAAACAAGAUGCGACGAAGAAAACGCCAGAAGAAACCGCUGAUGCGGAAGUGUCAAAAUCUGCUAGCAAGUCAAUGGGCCAACAACUGGCACUCAAAGAAUUUGAUAAGAAUGAAUAUCAAUUUAACGACAUGGAGAUUAUCGACCUUUCAGAAAAUAGGUCACCCGCUCGCUAUGAGAAGUUUGCUCCAAGGGACUAUAGAAAGCUGCAUGCUCUGCACUCGAACGUGUCUAAUUCGGAACCAGUUCAGACGCUGAGAAACAACAAACCGCUGGCACAGUAUGGAAAUGGGACAAAGCCGUACGACGCAUUCCUGGAGAAGAGUGGCCCAAACGAAGAUACUGAUGGGGAUGGUUUGAGUGGGAAUGAUCUCCCAUCUCCGCCAUGGCUUCUGGGGCAGGGCGAUGCAUCUGCUGAUGAUGCAUACCCUGGAUAUAUGGCCGAUCUGGCAGAUGCUGGAACUCCAUUUGGUGAUUUUGGGGACGAUAUCCCGGACAGUUUGUUUUAUGAAGCCGAGCAACUGCCUGGGGGAGAGCAAAUGCCUGAAGCAGAGCCAAUGCAUGAAGCGACCUCUAGCUUUGUGGAUGCUGUUGUCGACUAUGACAAGUAUACGGCGAGCAGUAGCCGAGUGAGUAUGAGUGAGGGGAUGGUUUUGAAGCGAGGAAGGUCUGCGGAUCUAUUGCAGUUGCCCGAGAAAAGAGCGCGGGUAGACGAUAACGGCGGGGAUGAGCAAGUCGACUGUGAGCCCUGUGAGAUUGAUGCUGAGGCUGAAGUCCUUGACGAGACGGGAGAAGAAAUUCCACAGAAUAAGGAGGUGCUCAGACCGGAGUGGCUGGAAGAGUUUGACGUAGAUUUUGUGGCUAUGUUUGAAGGGAGCGUGGAUUUUGCUGUGUGAGUCCUUCUCGCCGUGCAUUGCUUAAAUGGCUAGGAAAUGGGAUGCGAUUUUGGGAUGUGAUAGCUCGGUUUGUCCAUCGGCUUUCCAUGAAUGUUAUAUUUUGGUCGAAUAGAAGGG